GGGCCGCCGCAGAAACAGCCAACGACCACAGUCGGCACCGCUGCUCAACGUUCAACGUCGACAUCCUCUUCAGGCACCUCGCAUGCGCCCCCUCUGUCAAUUUACACACAAAUAUAUUUCAGGAUAAGCUCUCCUCGUUAUGCCCUGGUCCUACAGCCCUUAAACGUUCCCUCUUUCUCACCGUCGGGCCCCUCGGUCUUUCCCCCUUAUAGCCAGAUCCCUCUUUCCUCGCAUCAGAUCUGUUCUACUGUCCUACUGUAACGUGCUGUUGAGACCGUCACUCAUGCCAACCACUCACGACACGCUUUCUGAUGCCGCCCCGUCUGUUACCCGCAACCUCAAUCGUCUCUCCCUUAUCCUCCAGCGUGCAUCUUCUCCCAAACCCAAAGCAUCCAAGAGCCAGAGGUCUGCCACCGCAUCCAAUAAGAAUUACAAACUACACAGGAAGAAUGACGCAAGCUUAGCCUCCAUAUUCUCUGUUGCACCUGAUAUACAUCAUUCCUAUGCGGCUGGCUCCAGUGUUUCGAUUGCCGACACCCUCUUGUCUAAUCCUCACGAGUCUCUCCUUCCCCUUUCUCCAACACGCUCGACAACUCACACGGAGAAUUCGCCUUCGUUGCCCCCUUCACCUGGGAUCCCUGUUCCCCCAACUACAAACGAUCUCACAGCUACGGAUAAGAUGAAGCUCCUGAAGAAGGUUAGGAAGCUCAGUCGUGUGCUCGGCGAGUUCCCCAUGACUAUGAUUGCAGACGAUCGUCCUAGUCCAGACAUUAUUGUGUUCAAUCAAGCGCUCUCUGCAAAAGGUUCGCCAGGUCUGCCAUCCUCCUUGGCUUCCCCACGGGCUACACCAAAGUCCACUGCUUCUCGGGAAAAGGCAUUACGACGAAGCAUUACCAUCGGGCACACCGCCGGAGAAUAUAAGUCCUCCGAUACCGACGUACACCGUGCCAAAUCCUUUGUGUCCCUACGCCCUGCUCUCACCAUUCCCUCGUCACCCUCAACAAGUAAUGGCUCACCGGUUUCUCCUCUCCUUUUUGCCUCGCCAAACUCGGGGGACGACGCACAAUCUCGCGUCGCAGCAGUACCUAAUGACGCGCAGAACACGGGCCUUUUGAAUUCCCAUGCUGACGGUAUGCCGUUACCAGACUCUACCGCUGCUUCGGAAAGUGGUCAACAUGGGGCGGAUAUAUCAUUGUCACCUUCCAGGCGAAGCUCGAUCUCCUCCUCCUCUGUUAGUACACCGCCCACUGCCGAGCAAGUUCAGCGAGCUCGUGUGGCCAAACUGUCCCGACAACUCGGUGACAGCGUCCCCCCUGACAUUCUUCUUCGCGCAGCAUCCCCACCCUUACUCGUUUCUUCUUCUUCUCCUACUUCCGUCCCCUUACCUCCUUCUCCACCUUCGACUUCUUCGUUGGCGGGACAACCGGUCAUUCCAGAAGACACACCUCGCCGAUCCUCUUCCCUCCAUAGAAAGAAAGCUCCCAAGACGGCUGAGACGAAGAAGCGCCUGAGUUUGGACCUUCGGGCCCUGAAGGCCUCAGUCGUGCCGCCACAAUCAUCACCAAACGUCUCGCGUCCUAGCACUUCCUCUGGUGUCCAAGGUUCAGGCAGGCCACUCCGAAAGAGUAGGUCCAUGUGGGUGCGGACUCGGAGAAUUCUGAUGGACAAUGAUUCCGAGGUCACUCCGCAAAAUACCGACCCCACAUUUUCCCCUGUGCGCGAAUCCUUCGACACUUCAGCAUCUUCAUCAUCAAGGGGUCCUCUCAGCGAGAAGCAUAGGUUAUUGAACGUGCGCCGGGCGAAGAAGAUGGCUCAGGUAUUCGGCGACAAACCACCCACGGCACUAUUUCAGAUCAUGAGUCUGAAUAGUGACGACCCUGAGAACAAUAACAGCGCAACCGACCUACGGAGACGUCGCGAUUCGCUAGCUACCAUCAUCUCCAUCUCCAGUUCGAUCUCUACAUCUCUGUCUAAUAAUCAAAAUCUACGUCCUGAUACUCUAAGAGUCCGAGACUCUUAUAUCAGUAUCGCUUCCAUCGUCACUACCUCGUCUGUCUCUGGAGAAGGUGUUAUCACGACAGGUCCCAUUGUCGUAGUCGCUUCAGACAAUUUCCCUUCUCCAUCUCAAAUACCUUUGCCGGGAGACUCUUCUGAGGCUCAAGAGCACCAAGCAUCUCCACGGAAAGACGAUCUAUCCAAUAAUCCUAAUCUUACACCUGCUAAUUCUACUCCACGACGUCGGUCUCCAAGUCCUCGCCCUUCUACAGCACCUGCCACUUCUACUUUAUCUUCACGUACUUCGACCAUGCCCUCAUCCAAGGUCUCCCACCGACCUCCUUCGCCUCGAACGCCACCGCCUUUCUCCGACGUCUUCAUUCCACCUCCACCUUCAGGUGGUUACAGCCAGUAUCACUCGAACGUCUCUCGAGCAUCAGUGGAUGCAGAGACGACCUUGACUCCAGCAGAGUUCCAUGCCCGUCAGAAACGUGCCGCAAAGCUGUCCAAGUUCUUCGGAGUAGGCUUGAACGAUCUUGCAGACGUUCUACCUGCUAAUAUGUCUACUUCUCUCCCUCGCGGUAUGUCUGAAGAUAAGGGCAAUCGCGGACGCAGUUCGUCUGCUGUGCCGCCACAAUCACCACCAUCUUCUCCAGUUCAGACAUCGCCGUCUAUGGAUUGGACUCCCAUGCAGCCAAUGGUCUCAAGCAGGGUUGAAGUGGCAACUGCGAAGGGUAGUCGGUUACGGUUUUUCGGUCUCGGUGAGGACGUGAAGGAAAUGGACAUGAAUGAUGCAAUAGAGAAGUUGCGUCGUAUGAAGUCGGUUUAACGAGAUCACGUUUUCUUUCCUCCACCCCGUGGCCCCCUCUCUGACUUAUUCGUUGCUAUCUGUUGCUUUUAUGACCAUCCUUAUUCCUCGUUGUGCUUCGUCUGUUGCAUCUCUCACAUCAUUACAUUGACCAUCAUGACAAUACUUAUUUCACCAUAGUUACUUGUAUCUCUUCUACUCAUCUACUCAUCAUACUGUGUAUGUUUUCUGGUUACUACGGAUUAUCCUCGUUUUAGUCGUUCGAUUUGAUUGUACUCUCUUUCAAUUCCUUCGCCAUAGGAGCGGAAGCUCAUUGUUUUCGAGUUUACUACUCACAACAAUAAAUGGGCCUGUUACGCAUUGCAUCUUCCG